AUGGCGACGGCAGCAACUCCCGUAUCUUCUCUCCUCUCUCUCCUCUAUCGGUCCUACCCCAGCGUCAUCUCUCCGGAUGCGACCGAGCCCGACUACUUCCUCGCCUCGAGCAAGAUCUUCCCACUAGUCACCUUCAAUGAGGGCGAGGAAGCCGACAUCAAGCAAUGGCUGCACACCGUCGAUGGUCUGAAGACCUCCCUCGCCAAUGCCCAGAAGGACGUCACUGAGGGUAUCCUCGGCCAACUCAACAUCCAUCUGGCCACCCGUACAACCCUCCUUGGCACAAAGCCUUCGGUCGCCGAUAUUGCCGUCUACGCUCUCCUCGCCCCUGUCGUUGAGAAGUGGACCCCCGAAGAGCGCACAGGCGAGAAGGGAUACCACCACAUCGUCCGUCAUACCGACUUCGUCCAGAACGGCCGCCUGUUCUCCCUACAGAUCCCCGAGGAGGAGAAGAUCGCCAUCGAUCUGAACGACGUGAAGUUCGUGCCUAAGCCCAUCGAUCCCAAGGAGGAGAAGGAGCGCAAGAAGCGCGAGAAGGCUAGCGCUCAGACCCCCAACGCCACCCCGGACAGCAAGCCCCUCGUUGUCGGCCAAGCAAAGGCCGACAAGGCCGCCAAGGGCCAGGCCCAGGCUGGUGUUGAAGCCGCCGACGCUCCCCCCAAGACCAACAAGAAGGAAAAGAAGGAGAAGGCCCCCAAGGCCCCUAAGCCUGCUCCCGCCCCCGCUGCUCCUCCCUCCCCCUCACUGAUUGACCUGCGUGUCGGCCACAUCCUGCGCGCCAUCAACCACCCCAAUGCCGACUCGCUUUACGUCUCCACCAUCGACUGCGGCGACCUCCCCGGCUCCGAUAAUACCUCUCUCGACGAGGAGACUGGCAAGACCGUGCGCACCGUUUGCUCUGGUCUGAACGGCCUAAUUCCUCUGGAGGAGAUGCAGGGCCGCAAGAUCGUCGCCGUAUGCAACCUGAAGCCCGUGACCAUGCGUGGCGUCAAGUCCUGCGCUAUGGUUCUUGCUGCCUCCCCUCGUGUCGCCGAGGGCGAGGACUCGCACGCCGGCCCCGUUGAGCUGGUCAACCCACCUGCUGAUGCCCCCGCUGGUGAGCGCAUCAGCUUCGAGGGUUGGAGUGAGGGUCAGCCUGAGAAGCAGCUCAACCCUAAGAAGAAGGUCUGGGAAACUUUCCAGCCUGGUUUCACCACUACUGGUGACCGCGAGGUUGCCUUCGAUAGCAGUGCUGUUCCUUCUGUUCACGGCCAGGAGGGCAAGCCUGCUCUUGGAAAGCUUGUUGCUGCCUCUGGUGGUAUCUGUACUGUUAAGAGUUUGACCAAUGCUACCGUGCGUUAA